GGGCGACAUCUUCCAGCCUGAUGCUCACGGAAGUUUAGCUGGAACGGAAACUCUGACGUGUCAAAUUGUCGCCAUUUUCCUGAGGAAGGAAACGCCUUGAGGAAGGAAACAUAUCAACUGUGUAAGUUUUUUUUUGCCAAAGUAGGUUCCCAUCACCAGCCGCCAUGGGGAAUAUGUUUGCAUCGCUCUUUAAUAUGUGGAAGAAGGAGAUGAGGAUCCUCAUGGUCGGUCUGGAUGCUGCUGGAAAGACGACUAUUUUGUACAAGCUAAAACUUGGAGAGAUUGUGACUACCAUUCCCACAAUAGGUUUUAAUGUAGAGACAGUAGAGUACAAGAACAUCAGUUUUACAGUAUGGGAUGUCGGUGGUCAAGACAAAAUUCGACCGCUGUGGCGUCAUUACUUCCAGAACACACAGGGUCUCAUCUUUGUUGUAGACAGCAAUGACAGAGAGCGAUGUCAGGAGGCUCGUGAAGAGCUCUCGAGAAUGUUGGCAGAGGACGAGUUGCGUGAUGCCGUGCUAUUAGUGUUUGCCAACAAACAAGACCUUCCAAACGCUAUGAAUGCAGCAGAACUCACAGACAAGUUGAAUCUUCACAACCUACGCGGCAGAAACUGGUACAUCCAGGCGACCUGUGCCACCACCGGGGAUGGCCUCUACGAAGGACUGGAUUGGUUGUCUAGUCAGCUCAAAAACCAUUAAUAAUCACCUGCUAUCUACAACUAAUCUACUCCACCCAAUCUUUGACCUUGCUCUUUACUCUUAAGGUGUUGCUAAACUGAGUUAUCCUCUCCUAAAAAAUGUACUGGAAGAUGCCCACGCCUCAGCUGUUAUUGUCACAAACAUACAGGCCAGUGGUGGAGAUGAUCUGUUCUUGUAAAGCUGUCAGGUUUUAUUUUAUUUUAUGUAAUUGUAAAUAUAUUUGGUAAUGGGGCAGCUUAUUGCACUCUUACAAAUCCUACCGUGGUUAUUUCUCUUUCUGGCUGUUGGGCAGCCAUGUGUCCACUGAAUAAGAAAAGGGAGGUGAGGAAUACAAAUUUACCAGCACAUUUGCCCAAGACCUCAAUGCAAUCUGAUGACUUGUCAUUAUCUGGUCACAUGUACUGUAGGGAGUGAUCCAUGAGGGGCUUAUAAUUAUAAAAAAAAAAAAAAAAACUGAAUUAAACACUGAUGCACUACUUGCAGCUACUGUGGUUACUUUAACCAGUGACUUCAUGUACCAGCCCCCCAAAAGUGUGUUCUUAAACACUGGCAUUGACUAUUUGUACUCUGUACUGACAUCACUUUGUCCAAGUUGAGAACUCCUGUCUGUGAACAUUUACCAGCCUUUGUUAUACAGUAUGUUGACUUGAAUUGAGAAAUGCUGCAGCAAUCUCACAUCUGUGUUUCAUGGUUGUUUGAAAGGCAGGCUGUCGAGUCAGCAUUGGGUGUUUGUAUUUCUAAGUCUCAGGUUUAUCGUGUGCUGCCUUUGCAAUAUACUUAUUAGCUAAAUUGCAUGAUGUGGUCUGUUGGUCUUUAGGGACAUGCAAACUUACUGGGUGUUUACAUCAUUAGGCUGCACAGGAACUAUUACUCCACUGAGUACUUAUUUCAACAGCCCUAUACUGUAACUCUGUACUGGUAGGUUAUUGUAACAAAAGGAGUUGCACACUACAAUGGCCCUACUGUCUUCACUAAAGGCUCUGGCAAGUCAUGCCUUUUUUUUUUUUUUUUUUUUUAUUCAUUUAUCAAAUCUGGGAAAUUGCAUUUUGAUUUUAAUACAAAAUCAGUUUCAGCUACAUGUUUAGUGUAGUGCCAGUAUUUCUUCCUUUGCAGUACAGCAUUGUGCUUGGGUUAACACAUGUUGCCUUUUAUUUUCAAGCUUUUUUCUACGUGUGUUAUUUUACUGCUCUGAACAUGUCUUGAGGGUGCAUCAAACAUUUUUGUCUUUGAUUUAUAUCAACCUAAAUAUUUGAAAACUGUUAAUCUCUUAAGUUUGUCUGUUUUUAAUGUAAAGCGUUUGUUUUGUGAGGAAAAAGCACUGUAAUUAAAGUGACUGGAUAAAAACUGUUUCUGCAAA